AACAGUCAUGGUGGAACUUCUACGAGCAUUUGCGAAACGGGAAGUACCGACAGCGUCGACGAUGAGGAGGAAAAGCAACCUAAAGGAUGUUGGAGCGUCCUCUAUGCGUGGCCACGGAAAAAGAAGGCCACGCUUAUUUCGCUCGCUGUGCUGGAGUUCACUGCCGCCGCUUGCCUCGCGCUGUUGGCUCCGUUCUUCCCGGUUGAGGUGGAAAGUAGAGGAUUAUCUGACACAGUCUCGGGAAUGGUCUUCAGCUGCUACGGUUUCGUGAUGUUCGUGGCCUCGCCCAUUAUCGGUCGCUACAUCAUACCCCGAAUUGGACUACAGUUCGUUUUCCUGUCAGGCUGCCUGUUCACAGGAACUUGCAGCAUACUAUUUGGGCUCCUUGACGAUGUGACUGACAAGGAGGCAUUUGUGACCCUGGCAUUCAUUGUCAGGUCAGCCAAGGCACUCGGAGCAGCAGCUUUCUCGACAGCAUCGUUCACCUAUGUUGCCCACGGGUUUCCUGAGAGUCUUGGUGCCAUGAUGGGUACGUUGGAAACCUUCUCUGGGCUGGGGUUAACCCUUGGUCCCGUUAUUGGAGGUGGACUGUACACUGUGAGUGUUUCAACUCCGCUUGGGGGUUACAAACUGCCGUUUUUCGCCAUGGGAACCCUGCUGCUGAUGACGAUUCCAAUCAACUACAAGCUGCUGCCCAAGAUAGCUGCUAGUGACAGAAGAUCGAGACUUUUGCUAAACUCCAGUAAGUGGAAAUGCAGCUGCAUCAGGGCUGCCAUGGUGGCUUGUGUUGCAGCAGCGACUGGUACAGCUGCUGAUUCUUUCAUUGAUCCCAUAUUUGAGCCUUAUUUGAAG